UGCAUGUUGGAUUUCUUGAAUGAUUUUGUAUUGAGUGUAAAAUACAUGCGGAAAACAAAUUACAUGUACGGUAUAAAUCAAAAUGAUUAAUUGUUAUUGUAUUCUAGUCUAGGUCUCUGAUUGAUCAAUUUGAAAUUGGUUUGGUUUGAACAUAUUUUAUUGUAACUGAAUUUACAAAGGGAUUGAGCACACUUUUGUUUCUUUUUUAAAAACUUAGAACACUCUCUCCCAUAUACAUGCAUAUACUAGUAUAACAAUCUAUUUUGGUAUACAUAGUUAUGGAAAGCCGUAGGGUAAAUAGUAUAGGCGGCUGUUUAGCGUGGGUAAUUAAUCAAUCUAAAAAUACAAUUUCUAAAAAUAGUAACAAAUCUCAAAAUAGAGUGACCCUGACCUACUUAACGGAGAAUAGACAAAUGACAUGGUAGGAUGAGGUAGAACGGAAAACCCAAUGACGUCAAUGGAAAAACCCGAGAUAAUCACAGAGGACGAUCGGAAAAUGCAAUGAAGUCAUAGGGUCGGAAAGUCUCGGCACGUGACCUGCGAGAAAGCGCGAUAAAAUUCACUUCCGGGCAGUAACCCAUUAUGGCUUUAUCAAUAACAUACUGGGCAAAUUACGUAAACGGUCAAAGUAAACUUACAAAAAAGAGUGAGGCAGCGGUGGAAAGUGAUAGAGUGUUACGUUUCGUUUUCGACCGGGAAUUGCGGGUUGUUAAUUCGUCAGUGCAAGCGUCAAUGCGAGAUACUUCUUACAAAGUUCAGGUAUUUCUGGAAGAAAAUGACAAUGGCGUUGUAAAAGAUGCGUCAUGUGAAUGUCCGAUGGGGGAAUUCAAGUGUCACCAUGUAGCAGCAACACUGUUAUUUGGUUACAAAAGGGCAACAAAAACUGACGUGAAGUGUAGCUGGAUUAAACAUCCAAAAUCGGCUGGACCAAAGACUACAAUGACAAUGCAGGAGCUGUAUCCAUCAAAUCAACCUAACUACAGACAGCAGCUUGCGGUAUCACCUGACAAGGUUAUUCAUACAGCCUUUCUGACCACUGGCCAAAGAGAAAAUGCUGUAUGGGCAGCAGUACGGAAACUUCGAUUUACUGCCUCUAAUUUUGGUCAAAUCAUAGCAGCUACAAAGCGCAACAGGUUGACUAAUUCGCUGAAGAAAAGGCUUCUAAGUGCCUACAACUUGGAGAAGAGAGCCUCCAUCCAGUGGGGUAUAAACCAUGAGAGUGUUGCAAUAGCAGAAUAUUGCAAAGCAGGGGACGUCACAGUAGUGCAAACAGGCAUAUGGCUUCAUGAAUCUGGAGUUCUUGGUGCCUCUCCCGAUGGAUUUGUCCAAGGAUAUCCUAAACUCCAGAAGUUCCAUCUUCAAGGAAAAGUAGCUGGAUGUAUAUCACCAGAUAUCAUUGAAGUGAAAUGCCCCUUUUCCGCUAAAGGGAUGGCCAUUAAGGAUGCCUGUGCCAACUUGAAAGCUUUUUAUCUGGAGUGCAAUUCUGCAGGAACCCUGAAUCUGAAGGAGCGCCAUGACUAUUGGCAUCAAAUUCAAGGUCAACUUUACCUUACAGGCACUACUUGCUGUGAUUUCGUGGUGUGGACACCAGUGGAUAUGGCAGUGAUUCGAAUUCUUCGAGAUGAGUUGUGGCAGUCAAACUUGACAAAUAUGAUCGAAUUCUAUUUCAAUGAUUUUUUACCAUCUGUGUAAUAACAAGCUUGAAAGAUAUUUGUAUUUUCUUACAUUUCCCAUCCACACACAGGUUUUUUUAUGUCUUGAUAUCAAGGGCUUGGGCCUUUUCAAUUGGGAAAUGAUAGUGACAUUUGCUUGAAAUUGGGGAAAACGUUUCAUACAAACGAGGUAGAGAAAAAAACUUAAGUGCAUGAGGUAUGAUUGGACUCUUUGUGACUUUCAAUUUGGUCAAAGCCUACCUCAUUUAAAUAAGUAGAUGCCAAAAUAUAAGGUUUACUUAACAAUUCUAAAGCAAAAUUUGUCAUUUGUGGCCUGUGAAUGAGUUAUGAACAAGGCAUACCUGCUUCGAUCUGUUUUCAUUGCUUGGGAAAUAUAAAGUAAAGAUUAUGAAAAAUAUUUGCUUUUUAGCAUUAAAAAUAAAUGUAUGCACCCAGGGGUGCAUGAGCCGAGUUGCAUGGGAUACAUUGUUUCAAAGUUUCAUUUGAUUAGAUUGUAAGUUUUUAUACGCCCGUCUUAAGACGGGACGUAUUAUGGUAUGGCGUUCAUGUCCGUCCGUCUGUUAGCUUUUUCGUGUCCGACCCGUAACUUAAAUACUACAAGGCCUAGAAUCAUCAAACUUUGUCUGUAGAUACAUCUUGGGUAGAAGGUGUGUCGCACAUUAAAACCAGGUCACUGUGACUUUUCAUUAAGAAGAUAUGGCCAUAUAUGGCAAAAACUUGUCCGGCUCAUAACUUGAAAACUAUUAGACCUAGAAUCACCAAAAUUGGUCAACUAAUGCAUCUUAGGUAGAAGGUGUGUCGCAUCCUACUUUAAGGUCACUGUGACAUUUAAUUAAGGUGAUAUAAAAAAAAAUGUUUUAAUGGGUACAAUUUAUACUGUUAACAAUAUGUGACGGGCGUAUCAUGUGCCGUGGCGGUGCACUUUAUUCGAGUUAUCCGGAAACCAAUUGUUGAUGCCCGCCCGCAUCACCAAACCAAUAGCCGAGUUGAACUUCGUUGCAACUCGGCUAAAAAUGAGACCUUCAUCAAGACAUGAGAUGAAAACUUAUAAUACAGUAUUGAAAUUAAUUUAUGUGUGCAACAAAAAAAUCCAUGUAUAACAAAUAAAUACAUGUAUCAUA